UACAUCGCCCUCUUUUAUCCUAAAUCUUCUUCUCUCUCUGUUGAAUUUUGCAUUUUAUAUGCGUACAUCCAGAAGAUUUUCGAAGAUGGCGGAAAUAGAAUUUGGAGGGCACACGGUGCGAUCCCAUGGGGCUAAGGUGGCGAAAAAACACAAAUGUGACUGGUUGAUUUUACUUGUGCUUGUGGCGAUGGAUGGCUUCUUAAACUACAUUCAGCCUUUCAAUCGAUAUACUAACUCUAAAAUGUUAGAAGAUCUCAAAUUUCCCUUCAAAGAGCACGACACCAUACCCAUGUGGGCUGUUCCUAUAUUUGCAGUAAUUCUACCAUGCACAGUAUUUCUCAUUUACUAUCACUACAGGAGGGAUGUUUAUGAUUUGCAUCAUGCGAUAUUAGGCAUCAUGUAUUCUGUUCUAGUGACUGCAGUAAUCACAGAUAGCAUCAAAGAUGCUGUUGGUCGUCCACGCCCAAAUUUCUUCUAUAGGUGCUUCCCAGAUGGAAUCGAGGCAUUUGAAGCUAAUGGGAAUGUUAAUUGUCAUGGAGACCCUAAAAUUGUCAAAGAAGGAUAUAAAAGCUUUCCCAGUGGACAUACUUCAUGGUCAUUUGCUGGGCUUUCUUUCCUCUCAUGGUACCUGUGUGGAAAAGUGAAGGCUUUUGACAGAAGAGGCCAUGCUGCAAAACUCUGUAUUGUUCUGCUUCCUUUACUAUUUGCUGCAUUAGUCGGAAUUUCUCGAAUUGAUGACUACUGGCAUCACUGGACAGAUGUAUUCACUGGAUCCAUUAUAGGAAGCGUGGUUGCCUCUCUAUGCUACCUGCUUUUCUUUCCAUUCCCUCAUGAUAUCAAUGGCUGGGCACCUCAUGCAUCUAUCAAAAUGAGAGAAAACAUUCAAUUCCAGUCUACAUCAAUAAGAAUGGACACCGUGUAAUGCAACAAGAGUACAAGAGCCAACCCUUGUUAUCCAGGCAUAAACAGUAAUGCAAGAUGUUGAAGUUGGAGAUGGAAGGAGAUACUGAAUUCAGAUCUCCAUAGCCUCAUCGAAAGAGCAAAUAUAUCAUCUAAAUUUUUGUCCUCUUCUUUUAGUUUAGUCCCGCUUUUGUUGGCUCAAUCUGAAGUCAUACCUAUAUAUCGAAAGAGUUGUACAACAUCAGGGGGGACAUUGUUCCUUAAUUACCUCCUCAAUUUGUAUGGGGAGAAAGAAAAGGCUCAAACUCUUAUGUGAAAAUGUAAC